AUGGUUUCUACGAGUAGAAACUUGGUGCUCGCCGCCGCGGCACUCUGCCUCACGUCGUCUGGCGUCAAUGCCGCCGCCAUCGAAGCCCGGCGCACCGCUUCAAGCAGCGACGUGCCCCAGCACUUCCAAACGAGCCCCGAGCUCUUUGCCGGUCCCACAGAGACAGGCCAAGCGCCCUUCCUCGCAGAAACAAACGCCGCACCCUUCCCCUCUGUAUCGUAUAUACCACCGCAGCCGCUCGAGACACAGGUCCCAAUCGCAGGGAACAAGCACAAUGGCAACGUCUUCCAGCAUAUGGGCGAGCUGAGCCACUAUUUUCCGAGCCCGGACGGCUUCGGCGUGGAUGAGUUCGCGCUGCCACCUGCCACAAAUAUCUCCGCGUUACAUAUGCUGCACCGCCAUGGCGCACGGUAUCCCACUUCCGGUACUGGCGCGGAAAAGUUGGGUAAGAGGAUCGCUGAUGCGUCUGGGAAGUUUGAAGCUACGGGCAAGUUAGCAUUUCUGGAGGGAUGGGAGUAUAAGCUUGGGAAAGAGAUAUUGGUCCCAAUUGGGAAGCAAGAGCUGUUCGACUCGGGGACGCAGCACUACUACCAGUACGGCCAUCUCUUUCCUAACAAUGGCAGCAAGAUCAUUGCGCGCUCCACGACCCAGGAUCGCAUGACGCAGUCUGCUGAGUACUUUCUCACGGGUUUCUUUGGUCUGGGUUGGACGCAGAACGCCACGCUUGAGUUGAUCAUCGAGGAGGAUGGAUACAACAACUCGCUGGCGGGGUAUCACAUGUGCAACAACUCGAAUGCUGGUGUCAAUCAGGGUGGACUCAAUGCAACGAAGCAAUGGGCUGAAAUUUAUCUUGUCAAUGCCACAGAGCGUAUCAAGAAGCAGAUCUCAGGCCUAGAUUGGGAGCUUAAAGACACCUACGAUGCGCAGUCGCUCUGCGCAUACGAGACCGUCGCCCUCGGCUUCUCCCACUUUUGCAGCCUCUUCACCUACGAAGAAUGGCUCGGCUACGAAUACAGCGUCGAUCUCUUCUUUGCUGGCAGCAACGGUUUCCAGGCACCCACAGGCCGGGCUGUUGGCAUUGGUUACGUGCAAGAGAUUCUUGCCCGCUUGAACCACCACGUUAUCGACCGCCCGGAAGCCCAGAUAAAUGUCACGCUCGACAACAACACACUCACCUUUCCCCUCGACCAGACUAUCAACUUGGACUUCUCCCACGACACCAAUAUAAUGAGCAUCCUUACCGCCUUUGGCCUAACACAGUUUGCGCCCCUCAUGCCGGCAGACCGAUACACGCCGAACCGCUCCCUUGUUGUCAGCCACCUCGAGCCCUUCGCCGCGCGCCUCGACAUCGAGAUCUUGCAGGCGCCGCACCCAGUGCAGGCGAAGCGUCCCGCUGUGCACGCUGAUGCGGAGGAGUACUACGAUACGAGCAAAGGACCGAUGAAGUACAUCCACUUCGUGCUCAACCAGCGCACGGUGCCGCUGGGUGCAAGCCUUGAGGAGUGUGGCGCGCGCGACGAUGGCUGGUGCGAACUCGAGACGUUUUUGAAGGUGCAGCAGAACAGCUUGGAUCGAUCGCAGUAUGAGUGGGCGUGUUUUGGUGAUUACCCGGCCGUGGGUUACGGGAACGUCACGGACGGAGCGCCGGUUGCGGAGGAGCUGGAGGAUGAAUUGUAAGAGGCGCGGGAGCCAUAGAGAUGUGGUGUCGAUGCGGGGCGGCGUUUUAGAGGCCUUGCAUAUGACGAUAGAGGUAGUACAUAUUUGCCGUGAGAGCUGGCAACUGUACAUGCGGGGAAGCGUUUGAUCAGUGCCUACACGAUCAAUUCACUCACACGCGGGCGUUCAUCCCGAUAGACGUCGGGAGUCAAACCGAUGCGCGAUGCAGCAAACUUUGCUCUUUCUUCUUCACCACCGGAAGGCCUUCCGCAUGGGCGGCAUUUCCGAUUUCGCAGCAGAAUGUCGCGGCGAUAAGGACCGAGUGUCGUCAGUACGUGCAGCGCGUCCUGGACACCAAGGUGUU